AUGACAGGAAGAAUGGCCUUCUCUGCUGGACUCUAUGCCCUGAUUGUUGUUGUACUUGUCCAUCAAACUCGCAGUGCUGAGGAUGGUCAUCUCUGUUCUCCUUCUUCCUGCGGCGAUAUCCAAAACAUAAGCAAUCCGUUUCGAUUACAAGACGAUCCAGAAAACUGCGGCAACGAAAAUUAUACCCUGUCAUGUGAGAACAACAAUACUGUGUUGUACUUAUAUGCUGGAAAAUACUAUGUGCGGCAAAUCAAUUACGAUGACUACACAAUCCGAGUGGUAGACUCUGGUAUUGAUCAGGUAUCCAUCCCUCGCUAUUUUCUAAACGGCAAUAAUUUCAGUUUUGGGGAUUCAUAUGUCCGGUAUCGACAACGACGACAACGACAUGGGAGAUAUUAUAGGGAACUAAUAUCAAGGAGUACUGUGGUUUUCGUGAUGUGUGAAAACCGGGUGAAUUCGCCGUUGUAUUUGGAGACUUCUACUUGCUUUAGUAGUAAUGGAUCAGACUCAGAGUAUUCUUCCAACUCUUCCAAGACGUAUAGAUAUGUCAAAGUCGGCAGAACGAAUCCAUUGGAUGUGGAGGACUCGUGCCAAAUAGAAGGAAUGUCUCUGACAUCGUGGCCAGGAAAUGAUGACCAACAUGUUUCCUGUUCAGACGUCCACAACGCACUGGUAUAUGGUUUUGAGCUUUCAUGGCUCCAAGUUAUGUGUGAAUUAAGAAGCUGCGGAUCAACAGACUCUUGCUACUUGGAUGAGGCGAAUCAUGUUCAAUGUGAUCGACAGUGGGGAAUGUUGCUCCUCAAUGAUUUUUUUCGGGGACUAACGAUCAUUGGAGAAUACCAUGCCCCAAUAACUAUAUUAGGGACUCCAUGUGUGAUUGUGUUUUUUAUAUGCAAAGGACGUAGAAGGCAUUUAUUUAUGUAUGAUGCUGUUGAAGAAUUUCUGCAAGCCCACAACAACCUCUUGCCAAGAAGGUACUCUUACUCAGAAAUUAAGAAGAUGACCAAAAGUUUCAAGGACAAAUUGGGUGAAGGAGGCUAUGGCACUGUAUAUAAGGGAACACUUCAGAGUAGCCAACUUGUAGCUAUAAAGAUGUUAGGAAAAUCCAGAGCCAAUGGAGAAGAAUUUAUAAAUGAAGUUGCAACUAUUGGGAGGAUUCACCAUGUUAAUAUAGUGCAGUUUAUUGGAUUUUGCGUUCAAGGGUCAAAUAGGGCUAUUAUAUAUGAAUUCAUGCCUAAAGAGUCUCUGAAUAAGUACAUUUUUUCGACAGAAGAAAGUAAUGUCCUAAACUACAAGAAAAUAUAUGAUAUUGCUAUAGGAGUUGCGCGUGGGAUUGAAUAUUUACAUCGAGGAUGUGACAUGCAAAUUUUGCAUUUUGAUAUCAAACCUCACAACAUUCUUCUUGAUGAGAAUUUUACUCCUAAGGUUUCUGACUUUGGCCUUGCAAAAUUGUAUCCAGUAAAUAACAAAAUUGUUUCUUUGACUGCAGCAAGAGGGACAUUGGGAUAUAUGGCUCCUGAAUUAUUCUACAAAAAUAUUGGAGGCGUCUCUUACAAAUCUGAUGUUUACAGUUUUGGAAUGUUAUUGAUAGAAAUGGCGAGUAGAAGAAAGAACAUUAAUGCAUUUGUAGAGCAUUCAAGCCAAAUUUACUUUCCUACUUGGGCCUAUGACCAAUUGCACAAUGGAAAGGACAUAAAAAUAGAAGAUGCCACGGAGGAGGAAAAGAAAAUGAUUAAGAAAAUGAUCAUAGUUGCAUUAUAUUGCAUACAGAUGAAGCCUAGUGAUCGCCCUUCAAUGAACAAUGUCAUAGAAAUGCUUGAAGGAGAAGUUGAAUGCUUACAAAUGCCUCCCAUGCCUACCUUAUCAUCACCAGGGAGACCCAUAAUGGAUGCUGCGGAGAAUUUGAAUCAAAGUUGCUCUUCAAUUCAAUCGCAUGAAUCAAAUCAAUGAGCUAAAUUUUAAAUGCAAAUUAAUUGAUGUGUUAGUCUUCUAAAUAAUUAGUUUUCUAAUAUGCAUUUGAUAGCACAAAAA